UUCACUGAAAUACAAGGUGCUCAGAAUGAGCUUUCCCUCUCCAUGAAUUCUUUUUGGUUUUGUUGGAAGUAGUGGCCAGUUAGCAUUUCUGAAUGUCGCGUCUUACAAGGUUCAAGUCUCUGUUAGACCAGUACCAGUGUUCACUCUCUUCCCACAGGACUCCCUCCCUAUUUCUCCAUCCAGAGAGUUUUAGGGAACCUGGCUGGAACUGAAUGUGGGAAAGCACAAGUUCAGCAUAGACAGAUUGGGAAAGAAACCCAGGGCAGAGUGCAGACCCGAACGGAAGCAGGAGGUGUACUCAACAAAUCCAACACUGCAAAGAGAAAAAAAAACCAAGGAGUAACAUAACAGCAGAGCAGGGCCUUCAUUUUCAUCAGUGAAGGAGGAGGAAACAGGAGCGAGAGCACAAGAGUGGUGUCUCCCAUCUUUCCACCUCCUCUAACCUAAGAAUAAAAGGGUCAAUGUGUUAUCAUUAGUUCAUGGCUGGUCUGACUGUGUGAGGGAUUUGGGAAGUUCCUGGAACAUUUUUCAGAAGACUUCCAUCUAAUCUUCUCUCCAAAGACUCAUGAUCAUCACAGCAAUGGGUUCAGUAAGGGCCAACCAGUACAACAUGGUGUCGUCAGACAAAGAUGGCGACAAACUCAGCGUCUCAUCAGCUACUAACGAGCAGGACAAUGGCAAGAUCCAAACGCACCGUAAAUGCCGCAACCGUUUUGUAAAGAAGAAUGGCCAGUGUAACAUCUACUUCAGCAACAUGAGUGGCAAGUCGGAGAGGUACAUGGCUGAUAUCUUUACAACCUGUGUGGACACUCGGUGGAGGUACAUGCUCAUGAUCUUCUCCACUGCAUUUCUGAUUUCCUGGUUGGUCUUUGGUUUCGCAUUUUGGUUCAUUGCCAUGAUGCACGGAGACUUGGAUAAGUCAAGGCAUGAGGAAAGCUUCAAACCAUGCAUCAUGCAAGUUAAUGGCUUUGUAGCAGCCUUUCUGUUUUCCAUUGAGACACAGACUACCAUUGGCUAUGGCUUCCGUUGUGUCACCGAAGAAUGCCCAGCUGCUGUCUUUAUGGUCGUAUUUCAAUCCAUCAUUGGCUGCAUUAUUGACUCUUUUAUGAUUGGCACCAUCAUGGCAAAGAUGGCACGACCAAAGAAAAGGGCACAAACUCUACUGUUUAGCCAUAAUGCUGUAAUAUCGAUAAGAGAUGGCAAAUUAUGUCUGAUGUGGCGAGUGGGUAAUCUCCGAAAAAGUCAUAUUGUGGAAGCACAUGUCAGGGCCCAGCUGAUUAAACCUCAUGUCACAAUAGAAGGGGAGUAUCUCCCUCUCGACCAAAAAGAUCUUAAUGUUGGUUAUGAUGUUGGAUUUGAUCGUAUCUUUCUCGUGUCUCCCAUAAUUAUAGUCCAUGAAAUUGAUGAGGAAAGCCCUCUUUAUGGGAUCAGUAAGCAAGACCUGGAGACUGAAGAUUUUGAGAUUGUUGUCAUCUUGGAAGGGAUGGUGGAAGCCACAGCUAUGACCACACAAGCACGAAGCUCUUACUUGGCUAAUGAGAUCCUUUGGAGCCACCGCUUUGAACCUGUGCUGUUUGAGGAGAAGAACCACUACAAAGUGGAUUACUCACGGUUCCAUAAGACUUACGAAGUGCCCACGACACCCAGCUGCAGUGCCAAAGAUUUGAUGAACAAUUCAUUUUCAAUGGUGCCAUUCAACAAUUCCUUUUGCUAUGAGAAUGAGCUGGCAUUGCUGAGUCGGGAAGAGGAGGAUGAGGAACAGGCAAACCGCAUCCUGGACAUUGACAACAAAUUUGAAUUUGACCAGCUGCAAUCUACCAUCCCAUUGGACAGUCUCUCUUACCAAAGAGAGUCUGAAAUUUAAUCUCAAAGGUGCCAUGAAAUUGAGUUAAAAACAACUUAGAUGCUAUGCAGCGUUUAAAAUAAAAUACAAGCCGGGCAUCAAGUGUUGUGACCUGAGGACACUCCCAAUGCAUUGAGGGACUAGUUUCACAAUCAAUAAUUAGAAUGCAAGGAAAAUGGCAGGAAUGAUUUGCGAUCAAGGCUGUUCUUUGUUCUCCCGUCUGUUUGAAUUCAUUGUCGUGAAAGAUUCACAAUAUGAGGCAAGCACGCUUAUUUUAAAAACACUGCAAGGAAGUUUUGUAUAUUCAUGCCUGCUGACUAUUACAGAUAACAUUUCAAAAGUCAGGCUUCAGUCAACCUUUCUGCAGCUUAUUUGGAUGAGGUUAAAAAUGUGCUUUAAUCAAAAAAAACUAUAGAAUGUUUGAAGGGUUCUUUUUUGCAUCCAGCUUUGUAAAUAAUGUAAUCAAAUGAUAUAGUCUUGGAUGUUCACACUUAAUCUUGAGAAUUAAUCUUUCCAAAAUUUAAGAUGCUUAAAAACAAGGGGAGUUGGUGAAUUUGUUGUCUGUAGAAGAACCACUAAGAUGAGCCGAGCUAGUAGAUGGAAACGUUAGCCUUCCUGCUCCUUUGAUGCUGCUUGGCCUGCUGUGUUCAUCCAUCUCCACACCGUGUUAUCACUAAGGUGAGGCAUUGUUUUGAUGUCUCGUGGAAAUGUACAACCCAGAAACAACACGUUAAACCUCCGGCUCAAAGGGUGCUCACCCCUCAAGCUAUUUUUUCAAUAUUUCCAUAGCAAUGGUAUAGAAGUUCUGUUUAACAUGUACUUCAGCUAGGGGGGAUUUCUGAAAUUCUUAAUCUGUUUCAUAUUGUAGAAUUAAAGUGGCUGAAUCUGACUAGACCAAAAUAUCAACGACUGCUUUCUCAAAAGCCAUCUCCCCAAAUCAUGAGUCAAUAUCACAAACACACUCGAUUCAUUCCAAUUGUACAUUUCAAAUAACAUUUAAGAUCUCAAUUUCUCUCUCAUUUAAAACUGUUUACAAUGAUUCAGUUCUUAUGAUAUAUUUUAUAUUCAGUGACAAACAUACCUUCAUAAACUAAUGUCUAACAAACAGAAAGUUUGUUUAACAUCUGUCCCAUUCAGCAAAGCAGUAGUACCAUACAACACACUAGAGGACAUGAUUUCGUAAGUAUGUCAGUAGCUUGAAUAGUCUGUGCAACAGCUCUCCCAAUUUUGGCACAAGACCCUAGUUGAAAAUAUUGCAGGGUCAAUAAGGUAAUAUGCACAACUGUGCAUAAAUCCUAGUGGUGAGACCAUUUGAGGAAGGAAGAUCUUCCAUGUUUUGCAUGGUUAUCCAAUAGGCUAGACUAGUUUUAAAUUUCAGAUUUAUUAAUUGAAUUCAAAUUUCAACAUCUAAUGUUAUUGCACUUGAACCCAUGUCCCCAGAGCCUAGGGCUCUGGAUGACUAGUCCAAUGAUAUUUCCAUCAUCCCCAUGUUCAAGUGCCAUGCUGAUCUUCCAAACUAUGUGCCAUUGCAUUGGCAACCGAUCUAUAGA